GGAAUGACCUCCCACGCGCACGCAAGGACAAUUUGUACCGGAAGCACAGUGUCCGGCGCAUUUUCCGCGUUGCAUCUCUUGAGGAGUUACAACCUCUUUGGACCAACUUCAGACUUGUGCAGAUACGAGCCAAGCAAUUCUCGAGACUACAGCUUUGGAGAUCCGAAUGUUUUAGCAAACUCCAGCACACCGGACACAACAAUCGGCCGAACACCAUCGCCAUUAACACCAUCGUCACUGUCCGCUACGUUUUCCCUUCCGGGAUCUUUGCUCCAACCACCGUUCUUAUCUGCCGUGCCACCUUUAAUGCAACCAUUAAGUGUACCACAGCCAUUCUCGAACGGUAAUACAGGCAAUAUGGUAACCCGCCAUCUUCUGAACACGAACGGCAUCACGAACGUGCAACGGCGGCCUAGAAGUGAAAAGAAACCAAUCCCGGACAAUCAGAAGGAUGAGAAAUACUACGAAAGACGUAAACGCAACAAUCAAGCAGCGAAGAAGUCUCGCGACGCUCGUAAAAUUCGAGAAGACCACAUCGCAUUGCGGGCAACUAUGUUGGAGCACGAGAACGCGAUUUUGAGGGCGCAAAUAAUAACGCUUAGAGAGGAAGCACAAUCUCUACGACAUAUGUUAAUUAAACAGCAAACGCCAGCGUUGCAGUCUAUUCAGCGUUCGAUUUCCUCCAUGACACCUAUCAGACUGUCCCCCCCACACUCUGCAGCAACUUUGGAUUGUCAGAUUUGA